AGCUUUACAGAAAAAAACAACAACUCAUCUUUGAUAAUCAAAAUUACAUAUUUAAAAGUUUUUUCCCAUGUAAAUAAUUUCUUUGUCUUACAAAUGGCUUGAAUGUAACUCUACACCCUUACCUCAUUGAGUAUGCGCCAAACCAUGAAUAUGCUUAGUAGUCCCCGCCUCCACUCAAUCGCACCAGCUCAGACCUGCUCCAUUUUCACUCAAUUAUAGCAUAUAAAGCGUGCAAAGUGCGCUCCCUUUAAAAUAAUUGAAAAGCUGUCUCCUGUCUUAGUUCAUCAUGAUCUCACUAGGUUCUGUUAUAAUCAAUGAAGCUUUACACAGCACAAUGAAUCUCUUAUUUACAUCACGUCUAUACUUUGUUAAAUGAGAGAAUUUGCGAGCGUGCAGAACUCUGAGCAAAACUCCAGCGUUUUGAGCGUUGAGUGUAUUCUGAUUAGCUUAAACACCACUGAUUGGCCAUGUCUGUGAUUGGCUAUGUUACUCAAUGCUGCAAAAACGUAUAAAUAGAAACCUUUGAGCGGAUAUUAAAAGUCACACCCCGCAAGUUGACGGGAUUGGUUACAUGUUUGUGACAAAGUCUUAGUUACACCGCAGUUUUAAUGAGAAAAUGGUCAUCAACUGUGUUGACUGAUGAAUUUGAACAUGAUUUGUCUUUAAACGUAUUAAAAACACCGGAUAAAAAAUGAUUUUCACCAUGAGGUCUUUAAACAUUUUAUUUGUGCUCUGUACUGUGAGUGGUGCUGUACAUUUUCUUCUGUUUUACUAGUCUGUCAAACAGGGUAUUUUCUGGGUUUAUUUUCUAAUGAUAUGUACUGUACAUUUUAACAAUACACCCAUAUUUAAAAUAAUGAUGUUUAAUGUGCUUUUUCUAUGUUUUUGGAAUAUUUUAAGGGUUAAUUUCAUGCCCAGCAUCAUAAGUUUAUAUUGUGGUUUAUUCAAAACAAUGUCAUGAAAAAAAGUGAGAUUUACAAAUAGAAGCUCGGAAUUUUUUUUUUUUUUUUACAUUUUUUAACUUGAAGCUUGAACUCUCACAUAAAAAAUUCUUAGAUCCUUCAAGAGAACGACCACACAUUUGUCUUGUUUUAUCUGCUUUUGUAAUUCAUUUAUAAUCAUUUAAUAAUUUAUCAUUGAAUCAAUCACACAGUAUAAUCGUUUAUUGUAAAGCAGUGAUUUCUCUGUUGCUUCUGUUUGGGUAUAAUAACAUUUGUUGAAUUAGUGCUGAACAAUUGUUGAAAGUAAGCCUGAGUAUUGAAACCGGCUAUUCAAUAAACCCUGCAGUUUUUUCAACCAUCACUUCAUUUCCUGCAUUCUGCUCUUACACAACUUCCUAUGUCUGCCUUGUGGCUCAUAGAAGACAGGUUACGACAAAAUGCAAUGUUAACUGGUUUUGGAUACCAAACUGGAUGUCUUUGGAUGGGAUCUGGUAAAGAGGCUGGAUCAUAAGCUUUAACCAUCAACUAAAACUGCCGAACUCAGAGAGCGAAAACAAGGAAACACCUGACUGCACUACAGAAACACCAGAGAGAAGAUGGACGGGUCGGUCGGGCCGAUGCGAGUGUUGGUGACGGGUGGCAGUGGGCUGGUGGGGCGAGCGAUAGAACGGGUGGUGAAAAAGGAGGGCAAAGAGAGAGAAGGAGAAGAAUGGAUAUUCCUGUCAUCCAAAGAGGCCAAUCUCGUGAGCGCUGAAGAGACGAGAGCAGCCUUCGAGAAACAUCGUCCCACGCACGUCAUUCAUUUAGCCGCCAUGGUGGGCGGACUCUAUAAAAACAUGAGACAGAACUUGGACUUCUGGAGGAAUAAUGUGCACAUCAAUGACAAUGUGCUGAACAUGUCUCAUGAGUUCGGCGUGGUGAAGGUCGUAUCCUGUCUGUCUACGUGUGUUUUUCCAGAUAAAACCACCUACCCUAUAGAUGAGACCAUGAUGCACAACGGUGCGCCCCAUGACUCUAAUUAUGGUUAUGCCUACGCCAAACGCAUGAUUGACGUCCACAACAGGGCGUUAUUUCAGCAGCACGGUCGGAAAUACACAGCCGUCAUCCCCACCAACAUGUUUGGACCCCAUGACAACUACAACAUUGAGGACGGUCAUGUGAUGCCGGGGUUGAUCCACAAGACGUACCUGGCAAAGAGUGAGAAACAUUUAACUCACAAUCACCCUAUUGGAUGUUUCCUAUCGGAUGUCAAUUAGACAUUUAGAAGAUGUCUUUAAGAUGUUUAUGAUUUAGAAUGCA